AUGGAGGACGAGGAGAUGGAGAAGAAGGUCCAGCAGUACCUGCAACGCAAGGGGUCUGACAAUGAUCCGGCAAGAUACCAUGAUGGAUAUAGUAAACUAAGAACAUGGGCAUAUAGUUCUCUUGAUCAAUACAAGGCCGGACUCUUUGCCUCCGAGUCCGCCGCCGCGGAUGUCGCCGCCAAGGCCCAGGCGGACGCCGCCGCUGCCAAGGCUGCUGCGGACGCCGCCGCGUCGAAGGCCAACGCGCUCGCUGCUCGUCAGGCCGCGCAGGAGGCCGCCGCGGCCGCCCACCCGCGCGAAGCCCUAGAUCGCGCCACGCGAGAGCGCCAAGCCGCUGCCACCGCCCUGGACGACAAGGACGACGCCCACUCCAUCGCCACGGAUGCUUCCCUUCCCGACGGCGAGGGUGAUCUGAACGACGCUCUGCUUCUUCAUGAGGCCGCCGCCGUCCUCAACCUGCACGCCCAGGGGGUCGCCGUGCAGAGCAUCCAGAGACCCAAAUCUUAG